AUGUCAUCAUUAAUUCCAAUAGGAACAUACGUAUUAGCUAAAUGGCCAUCGACAUAUAAUUAUUAUAAAGCUCGUAUUAUUGACCAUACGGAUGAUAAUAAUUAUGUUUGUCAAUUUUUGGAUGAAACUGUCGUUGCUUUACCAUCGAAAUAUGUUGAUUUACCUGAAAAAUUUCAGCGUACAACGAAAAAAUUAAGUCUCAUGCAUAAUGAACAGAUGUUUUUUGAUCGUUCAUUGACAUUUAAUUCUAUGAUAAUUUCACUUUGUUGGAUAGCUGUAUUUUUAUAUGCUCAACAUUGUUUUUAUCAUUAUGCUGAAUCAUCGAACGGCGCUCUAUUUGAACAAUAUCCUUUGAUUGUUAUUAAAUAUCUUCUAUUAUGGUUUAUAUUACAGCUAGUUUUUGCUCGAUAUUUUCCACACUAUGGCCGAGAACAACUUGUUUACAUUAAAGAAUCUCAUCCGCGUAUUUUCUAUAAACAUCGUUCAAAUAGUUUAUUAUCAUUUGCAAUCACCUGCUUAUUGAUGUAUCUUUUUCGAGAGAGAAUUCCACUAAGAGAACUAACAAAAUCUUAUUAUUUACUGGCUUUAUUUAGUCUUGGUAUUGCACUUACGUUUAGUCUUAUUCUAUUAACAAAUAAACUUUUUUCUCGUUAUUGUUCGAUACCUGUGAAUGAAAAUGAUCCUAAUCAAAAACAAACUCAAUUCGAUUUUCAUUUGUUUCUCUCGAUUCGUCCAGGUAUUAUUCUUUGGCCAGCAUUGAAUUUUCUUUUAUUCUUAACAAUCCUCAAAUACAAUCGUCAAAUAUCAAUUCGUUUUGCAAUUUCAAUUCUUCUUCAAACUAUUUAUAUCAUUAAUGUAUUUAUGAAUGAAACUUCGAUGAUACGUCAAUCAUUGGACAUUUCACCGCCAUCUUCGUUCGAUGCAAUUUUUACGAAUCUUUGUUGGGUACCAUUUAUGGCUACUCUCACUUCUUUCUACAUCGGUAGAAGUAAUCGACCAGUUAACACAUAUAGUCUUUUUCUGGCUGUUAUUCUGUUCAUUUUUGGCUUUGUAUUACAACGUCUUGCUAUGCGUCAACGUUCGUAA